CGUAGUAAAGCGAAAACGCCAGAAUGUAGGCUCCCACCACGGCACACCAGUCACAGUACGAGUGAAGAUGUCGGAGCAGAUCGAACAGAUGAGUUUACCUCCCGGCUGGGAUUGUAAAUACGAUGCCCGGACGGGCCGAUACUACUAUGUUAACCUGUUCGCGAAAACGACUACAUGGGAGGAUCCACGCGCUCGAAUCCGCCAACUUCAAACGGGAGCCCCCUUGCACAUCUCGAAUGAUAGCAUCUCAGUGCAGCAGCCAGUGCAUGGUUCUCCCUAUCACGUGUACCCUUCAAGUAACUCGUUCUACCCAGCUCAGCAAGCUUUCCAGAAUCCACCCUCGGGUGUUCCCAGUUUAACAGCUAGCCCCAAUUUAGCCACCAAAUUGCAGCAACAGCAUCCGCAACCAACACAGCCAAUUGAGCUAUCGCCAAUGGUACGAUCCAGCCCACACACGCCUCGAAUGGGCCUCGGGCGUCACGCCAUGCAGGAGACGUCCUUUUCCAACAAUGUCAGCGCCGCCGACACCGAUGCCACCGUGGCCAAGAUUAACUCCAUGUUUCCAACCGUCCCAGAAACCCACAUCCGGAUGUUGCUAAAGAA